AUGAAAACUAAACACCUGGCUGUUCUAAACCGACGGGAAAUUGAAAUACAACAGAUUACAUCUGAAGUUGAACAGAGCAUACGUUAUCUGAAGAAACUAGAAGUAUUAGACCCCCAUGAUGUGUCCAUAGCAUCUACAUACAAAUCCAGGAAUGUUGAAUUCAGAAGUUUACCUCUUAAAGUCAAAGUUUCGUUACUAAGUUUCUCUCCUCAUCAGAUCAACAGAGAACAGCUUCAUCAAAUGUUUGGUUCUCUGUCAGCAUUAUCUAUAACAACAGAAGAACAUGGCUACAUACUGAAGACACCAGAAGCUGUAUCCUGUCCUCCAGUCAGACCACUGCUUAAUGAACCAGAGCUCAUCAACACCAUAUCCACUGCGUAUAGACUAUACAGUAUUUUUUGUCUAAGUGAUGAAGAAAUCUGGAUAUGUGGAGAUGAUAAAAUCAUGAAACUCUACAGUCUCCAGGGAAACCGACUGAAAUCAUUCCAAACCAAGUCUGGGAACAUACCACUUGACAUAGCAGUGACAAGGAGUGGAGAUCUAGUUUAUACUGACCCUGGUAUGAGAACUGUAAACAUAGUGAAGAAUAAACAGAUACAGGAAGUGAUCAGAUUACAGGGGUGGACACCUCGUUAUGUCUGUAGUAUCUCUUCUGGUGACCUCCUGGUUACCAUGGUCAAUGAUGUUGAAGAACAAUCAAAAGUUGUUCGUUACUCUGGCUCCACAGAGAAACAAGCCAUUCAGUUUGAUAGUGAAGGUAAACCUCUGUACUCAUCCGGUAACUUUAACACGAUUAAAUACAUCAGUGAGAACAGGAACUUGGAUAUCUGUGUAGCUGACAAUGGAGCCGGUGUAGUAGUUGUGGUUAAUCAGGCAGGAAAACUCCGAUUCAGAUACGCAGGCCAUUCUUCUACUACAAAGAGAUAUUCGUUUGAACCAGUCGGCAUUACAACAGACAGUCAAUUUCACAUCCUGACAUCAGACUAUUACAACCACUGUAUACACACUUUAGAUCAGGACGGACACUUCCUCUGUUACAUCGAUAACUGUCAUUGA